AUGGCGCCUCCAAAGAUCAACGCUUCCCCGGCCCCAAGCCCGCCAGUAAGAGGUAAUCGAAAUCGCCUCGCCGAAGCCCUCUACGACUGGUGUCGCAACAACCAUGACUACGGCUAUGUCUUCUCCCAAGACGAACUUCUGGACGCUGGCAUCGUGCCGGACCGCGAUAUCCAUACUAUGCUCCCUGCUGUCCAACAUCUAGUCCAGAAAUCGCUCUUCAGAAUUCAUGAUAGACUGGGUAACACCAUCGGUUGGGAGCUGAUCGAACCUGAAAAGGCCAAAAACUAUUCAGAUUUGACUCGUGAUGAGCGAAUAGUGCUGGACCAGAUCGACGGUGCCGGCACUUCGGGAAUCUGGACAAAGACAAUCAAGCUCAGAACGUCACUUCCUUCCAACAGUCUCGAACGAGUUUACAAGAAGUUGGAAGCCAAGGGACUCAUCAGAUCUAUCAAACACGUCAAGCACCCGGGUCGAAAGAUCUACAUUCUCGCCGGAUUGGAGCCCUCAGACGAGGCCACGGGCGGUUCAUGGUAUUCCGAAGGCCAGCUCGACGUCGGUCUGGUAGAUACUAUCUCCCGUGUCGUCGAACAUUAUGUCUCCACGAAGAGCUGGGAUGUCGUCGAGCAUGAUGAUCCAGACGACGCACCACUCUCACCUACCCUAAAGCGCAAGGCGCCGAGUUCCGGCUUCGAAGACCGCAGCGACGAAAGAGCCAAAACCGCAAAGAAUACGCCUGACGGCCGCCACAAGGCCAAGGCUUCAAAACAGACUACAUACCACCCCUUUGAGGCCGGCUACCGGGGCUAUCCUACUGUUAGGGAGAUAACCCACUACGUCGCCGAGACCAAGGUCACUCCAACGGUUAUGCCCCAGAACGCCAUUUCGCAGCUCCUCGAGGUUAUGGUCUAUGACGACCGCCUGUUCAAAAUGCACCGGAGUCCAAGUGGCGACGAGUUCCCCGACAACCCAUCGACCGAGACCAUCACCACGUUCCGCACUUUUAAGACGCCACGCGCUCUCAAGGAAGAACGCAUGCGGGAGAAGAACAAGGCCAGCACCGACGACGGUGUCCGGAAGGCCGCUUACAGACAGCAAGAACUGGAGGAUAUCGGCAAUGGUGGAUCGAGCGUGCCAUGCAUGCGCUGUCCCGUCUUCGACAUAUGUGGCGAUGGGGGGCCCGUCAAUGUCGUCACCUGCCCGUACUUCGAUGAGUGGUACCAUAAUAUCGGCGAGGUGCAGAAGGAAGAAGGAUCUGGACGUUAG